ACACUCGUUCACCACGCAACCAUCCCUGAUCAUAUCUCCAACCACGGCACGCAUCGUCACCAUGCAGUUCUUCACCACCACCGCGGCCAUCCUCGCCGUCGCCCUUCCUCUCACCUCCGCCGGUAACGCGCCUACCACCACCGGCAACGACCAGGCCAGCGGAUACCUCGCAACUCUCCCGCAGAAUGCGCUCGGAGUCACCGGCACUGUCAAGAUUGGCGCAGGACAAGGCGGCAAUGGAAUCCUCGUACAAGUAGCCAUCGCCAACUUGCCAGACUACGGCGGUCCUUUCCUCUACCACGUUCACAUGAACCCCGUCACCAACGGCAACUGCUCCUCCACCGGUGGUCACCUCGACACCUACGGCAACGGCGGCACCGGCUGCGACCUCAGCAACCCAGCUUCUUGCGAAGUUGGUGAUCUGUCGGGCAAGCACGGCAAGAUCAACGGAACCACCUUUUCCGCCAACUACAUCGACGACUACCUCUCCCUCGACAAUGGCGGCGCCGCCGUCAAGGGCCGCAGCAUCGUCGUUCACUUCGGCAACAAGACAGCUAUCACGUGCGCCAACCUCGUUUCCACCGGCAAGACGACAAUCACGACCGAUGGCUCGCCCCUUCCAAGCGGCUACACGAUGACAUCAAUCUCCAACGCCACGGCGAUUUCUGCCACACUGUUCCCUGAGACUACCGAUGCUCCAGCUGAGACCAGCACGACUAAGAAUGCUGCCAGCGAGACGACGGAGGUUGUUGCUACGCAGACGGUGGAUGGCAAGGGUGGUGUUGUUGGUGCGGGUGUUGCGGCCGGCGUGGUGGGUCUGGCGGCUUUCUUCCUUUGAGGGGUUGGAGUGGAGAGAGAUGUGAAGUCAGGACUGGUGUGAGAAGACGAAGCCUGAGAUGAGUGAGGAAGUUCGGAGUGUUGCGAUGGUGGGGAGUUGAGCCUGGUUGAGUUUGUCCUGUGGGAGAAUCUCUUCUCUACCACUAC